AUGAGGCACACCCUCAUCCCGACAGUACCCUCGACAGAAAAUUAUACAAUGUAUUACAAUAUCAACCUCAUUGUGAUAGAAGGUAUGGCCGAGACAUCAUGCAACAGCACAGCUUAUAGGGAUCUUUACAAGGACAGUUACUAUUGGAUCACCUACGCGAAACGAAACAUGCUGAACAACCAGUCGCUUGGGAAUUACACUGCGACUAUCUACGACCUUCAAUUGAACACCAGCAAAGAUAAGUUUGAGGUCAGCAUGCUGAAGCUUACUGAUGUGGGGUACACUGACCCGGGUUCAAGACGAUCACCAACAGCUGCCACUAGCUCAUAG